UCCCUGCUGUCUCCUUAAAAUAACUGAAUAAACAGUUGCCUGUCGCAGCCAAAACGACAACGGUAACCGCAACGGCAACGGCCACGGCAAGAGAUCUGCCAAAAUGUACGGAAAACUGAUUCUUUCUAUGGUAUUCAUCUUUCUUCUGCUUUUCUCUUACUCUAUCUUCAUCGGGACCAUCGAUAUCAGAUCAUAUUUCUUCCCCAUCCUGCAACAGUCUCCGGCGGUUGCACCCUCCGUCUGUUCACACGGCCCGCCUCUUAAGGUUUACAUGUACAAUCUUCCUCGGAGAUUCAACGUCGGGAUGAUGGAUCACCGCAAUGAUGAUGACAAUCCGCCUGUCACGGCAGAGAAUUUCCCGCGGUGGCCCAAGAACUCGGGCGUGAGGAAGCAGCAUAGCGUCGAAUAUUGGUUAAUGGCUUCUCUUUUGUAUGAAGGCGGUGGAGAGGAGAGAGAAGCGGUCAGGGUUCUAGAUCCGGAGAAGGCAGAUGCCUUCUUCGUGCCCUUUUUUUCUUCCUUGAGCUUCAAUACACAUGGGCAUACUAUGACAGAUCCAGAGACGGAGAUAGAUCGCCAAUUGCAGGUUGAUGUGAUAGAAAUGUUGUAUAAAUCCAAGUACUGGCAGAAGUCUGGAGGCAGAGACCAUGUGAUUCCGAUGACUCAUCCGAAUGCUUUCAGAUUUCUCCGACAACAGUUGAAUGCAUCUAUUCUCAUAGUUGCAGACUUUGGCCGCUACCCAAAAUCUAUGUCAACUCUGAGAAAAGAUGUGGUGGCCCCAUAUGUACAUGUUGUUGAUUCUUUUACAGAUGAUGAACUUCCAGAUCCAUUUGAAUCUCGUACGACACUUCUUUUCUUCCGUGGGAAUACAGUCAGGAAAGAUGAAGGCAAAGUUCGUGCUAAACUGGAAAAGAUAUUAGCUGGUUAUGGUGAUGUUCAUUUUGAGCGAAGCAAACCUACAACAGAAACAAUAAAAGCGUCAACUGAAGGGAUGCGAUCAUCAAAGUUCUGUCUGCAUCCUGCAGGAGACACUCCAUCUUCUUGCCGGUUGUUUGAUGCUAUAGUAAGCCAUUGUGUUCCAGUCAUUGUGAGCGAUCAAAUUGAGCUUCCUUAUGAGGAUGAAAUUGAUUACAGCCAAUUCUCAGUUUUCUUCUCUAUAAAUGAGGCCAUUCAACCGGGAUACAUGGUUGAUCAACUCCGCCAAAUUCCAAAGGAGAGAUGGAUUAAAAUGUGGAAACUGCUUAAGAACAUCUCCCAUCACUUCGAGUUUCAGUACCCACCGGAAAAGGAAGAUGCAGUAGACAUGAUAUGGAGACAGGUAAAGUAUAAGCUUCCUGCGGUUCAGCUUGCUGUACAUAGAAGCCGGAGGUUGAAAAUUCCAGAUUGGUGGCAAAGGAGAAGAUGAUUUUGGAGAUUUCUUUAAAGAUACUGUACAUUCAUGAUUUUUUCAUCACUGGUCAGAAACCAUAUUAAUUUCUUUCAAGAGUUAGAAAAUAAUCAGAGGCAAUUACAAACACGAUUACACCACCACACACCUCAUCUGGAUUCAUAGUUCGGAUAACAUAUAACCUUCAGCAAUACAUCAACAGAGUUUUUUUUGACUGUGAAGACCUUUUGUCUUGUCCGCGGAAGGCUUAGCAAAUUUUUUUUUUUUACCUUCAACAUACAAGACUCACCGAGUAUGUAAUGGGAGUGUAAUAACACACAGCUGUAACGUAUUCAUUAAAAUUCAGCAAAGAGUUUAUUCAAUUGGCUUUAA